UUCCUCAGGAUCCCAGUGAUUGCGGGAAUCCUUCCUUUCAAAGCCCCUUUUAUGACCGUAAAGCGGGCGCCAUGUUGUAUAGCAAAAAGGAGAGAAAGGAGCCCCCUUUUAUAGACAGGAGAAAUUGGCCACGAAUGCUUAUAAUAGCACUAAUUCCAUUGAAAAUUCCAGCCGAAAGUGGCAACAGCUGGUGGUCGCUUCAAGCAACAACGGUCCAAAAAAGUCACUUUUUCCCGUGUCUUAAGGGUGUCUGCACCAAAACUCCCAUCUCCAAUGACCGCCAGUGCUACAGCUGCCCAAUGACCAAUUCACGUUCCUGAAAGCCUACUGCCCCACGAGUAACCCCCACUGCAUAUGGCCAUCCUCCAUUGCGUCUUUACCAGUACAGAGAAUGUCAAUCUUGUUCCAUGUCGAGCGCUACUUUCAUACGCUUCUGUCAUUCCUCCCUCCCUCAUGUGCUUUGCCUCGAUCCUGCCACCUGCAAGCAGAUAACGAAUACGUUCAAACCCAUUCAAGACACCAUCAAUUCCAAUGCGGGAUGCCAUGUAGCAAGUAUCGCACGUCGGUGUCGAUGGGGCCGCCCUCCAUAACUACGAGGACAUGUGUGUUGCCGACCUCGACUCCUUCACGAAAACAGACGCACACGCUGUGGCCGAAUUUACAUCAAGCUGCUCGCACUGCGGCAAAAGUGGGCGACAUAAGAAUUUCUCCACCUCGGCCUCGUCCCCAAGAUACCGCCAAGCUUUAUCCACAAUCUCAUCUGCCGCUUCUGCCUUUUAGCACUUUUCCAACAGCAACUUCCAAUUUCUUCCCUCCCAUCCUUCGAUUCCUCGGAGUUUCUUGACCGGUG